AUGAAUAAAGGAGAAUAAUCUCAAUAUUUAUUAGAGCAAAGUAAUCAUAAUACGAAAUCGUUCGCUGAAAACUCUUCUCCAAAUAAAAGUCUAGUGCAAUAUUCGAUUAUAUAGGCGAUGCUCGAAUUCAAAAUAAAGGAGCAUCCAAUCUAACCGGGGGAAUUGAUUAACAGUUCAAUAGUUGAGGAGGCUCCUCGGUUUUUGGAGAGAGGGGCGGACUACUCGUCUAAAAUGCAUGAUAAUGAGAAUAUUUUGUUUAGCAAGCAGAAGCCAAGUCAGCGAAUGAGUCACGUAUAUCCUUCCUAUAUGUCCGAAAAUUCUAUAUAGAUUGAUUAAGACCAAAUAGAGAUGAUCGAACAUACAUACUCUGUUGAAUAGAUAUAAAAGAUUUUGAAGACGAACAUCACGGAUGGAUUGAAUGAUCAAUAGGUCUAGGAGAAGAUUGCAAAAUUCGGUUUAAACAAAAUUACGAGCAAACAUGCAAAUGUGCAAUUGCGAGAAGUGUUCAACCUCUUUACAUUAGCAUUAGUUAUAGUUAUAGUGUUGUCGAUAGUUGGAUAUUUGUAUGAUGAGAAGGAGCACAUUUCAUUUCUGAUUGAAAUCAUUAGUUUAUUGGCAAUUCUAGUAUUCACCCACAUAAUUACAUUCACGUCGUAUCAAAAGAAGAAGAAACUCUUUUAGUAAUUCAAUCAAAUAAUCACCAAUGACGAAGUGAUAGUAAUAAGAAAUGGCUAAAAGUAAAAAAUCUCCUCGGAAUAAUUGGUGAAGGGAGAUCUGAUUGAAUUGAAUUCCAAUUACAAGGUGCCAGCCGAUUGUAGAAUCAUACUAUCCCAACAAUUGAGUGUGGACAAUUUUAUAUUCACAGGGGAUUGUCAGCCAAUAUUAUUGGAAUCAGAAGAAAGCAAUCACAAAUCCAUAUUUGAAGCAAGGAACGUAGCCUUCUUAGGAGUCGGUUGUGUUUUUGGGGAAGGAAGAGCCAUAGUCAUAAACACUGGCAAUUAGACUAUUCUGGGGAAACUAGCCAAGAAGAUUGAUGUUCCCAUGUCCAUUUCACACAUCGAUUACUAAGUCAAGAAAAUUAUAUAGAUUACUACUCUGAUAAUAUUUUCAUUCAUCAUCAUAACAAUCAUUGGAUGGAUAUUCGAGGAGUACCAGAAUGGACACUACGACUUCACAUUCCUAAUUAACACAAUCAUCAUAAUCAUACUAUCUAAGUAUCAAAUAAUUUAACCUAGUCUUCCCUUCACUUUGAUGUUGUUGAUCUCCUACUCAAAGAGGAAGAUUGUCUCAAUCAUGCAAGAUCAGAGUGUAUUUUUGAAGGAUGUUGACGUGAUUGAGAGUCUAACUUAAAUGAGUUUGCUGUUGAUCAAUAAGGAAGCUGUCCUGGUCUAGGGAUAACAACCUAAGAAGAUAAUCCUGGACAAUCAAAUAUAUCACAUUAACAAGAUCAAGAACUAUCAAAGUAUUUAAAUCUUAGAUUUGAUAGACUUACUUAAUUGCAUCCAUUAUUGCAUCUAUCAGGAGAAUUAUUCCUUGGAGGAGUCUUACAACAAAUAAGACAUUUAACAAAUAAUGAGACAAUUCAUUAGGGAUUAUAGGAUUGACGAUUACAGAAUUGUUCAAUAGAGACAGUUCACAGCAAUAGAACGAUAUUGUUUGACCAUAGUGCAGAAUAUGGAAUUCAAGUCUUAGUAUAUCGUGUAUUUAAUGGGUUCUCCUGAAGUCAUUUCAUAAAAGCUAUUCAGAUCUGGAAGUCAAGAGGAGAUUGAAUAUUUGAAUACUCACAGAAAUUUGGCAAAGAAGGGGUACUCGCUCAUCUCAUUUGCUGAGAAACUCUUAAUCCUAGAUGAGAACUACAGAUUCGAUAUAGCCAACACGAACGAAUUUAAUUUUAAUUUGAAUCAUGCAACCAAUUUAGGGACGAUUGCCUUGAAAUUGAGCAUCACUCCCAUCAUUAGGACAGUAUUGCAGAAAUUGAACUUGUCUGGAAUUAGAGUUGUGUUAAUGACUGGUGACUUUCCUGAAACUGCAGAAUAUAUUGCUUAAGAAUCUCAAUUAGUUUGUAAUCCUAAAAUAGUUACAGGUAAUGAUUUAGAAGAUCACGAAUAAUUAGAUGAGAAUUAAUAAUAAAAAGAGUAGGCAGAUGAAGAAUCAAUCAAUACAAAACUAUGUACAUAAUUAAAUACAAUAUAUGCAAGAAUAAAUCCAGCAUAAAAAUUAAUGGUUAUAUCUGCUUUUUAAAAACAAGGAUAUAAAGUUGGAAUGAUUGGUUUUGAUACGAUUGAUUCACCUGCCUUAAGGAAGUGUGAUGUAAGUUUUGCAUUGAAUAGAUCUGAUGAAUUAGCUAAAUAAUCCUCUAAAGUUAUUUUGAUGAGCAAUGAACAACAGGAAUUGGAGUAGAUACUGAAAUGCAUUUAUCAUGGCAGACGAUUUACUGAUAACCUAAUUAAACAGAUUAAAUUGUGUUUGAGUAAUAAAUUCGGUCAAUUCAUCCCCAUUCUCUUAAUGUUGUUUUUUGGGAUUCCAUUGCCACUCACUAGUUUUGGAAUAUUGUAUAUAACAUUUGUGCUGGAAAUUCUGGUCUUGGGAGUAUUGAAUGAAAAUGAGGAAGUCGACAUCAUAAUCAGAGAACCAAGUAAUGUGAAGAUAUUUAUUAAACUCCAACAUUUCUUAAGAUGGAUCCUCACUCAUGGAGUCUUGGCUGCAUCAUCAGGAAUGAUGAGUUAUUUGGUUACUAUGCAUUAUUUUGGAUUUCAAAGCAAAUCCUUACCUGGAAUCAUCUACAAAACUGGAUAUUCAAGUCAAAUAUUCAAUUCUACUGAUUUUUACAAUUUUAAUACUUCAGACCAAUAUUUGGGCAAUCUGAACUUAAUCAAUCCCCAACCAUUAUCACAAAAUCCUUUUAUCACUUUCUAAUUUUAUAAACAUUUCAAUAAGGAAUCUGAAUUUGACUUCAGAAAUGUUAUUGUCAAAUUGAAUGAAACCGAUCACUCUUGGAUUACCAAUUUUGUCACCAGCAACUCUGAUAUUUGCAAAUUAAAUGACUCAGAACUCUGUUACUCAUACCUGUCUUUGGAUAUUGCUCAAUUAGGGUUCAUCUAUGGAUUCAUCAUGUGGGGAUGGCUACACGUUUUCCUGGGCAGAACAAGAAUCCUAUCAUUCAGAUAUUAGAAAUUAAACAAAAAGUUGGUCUAUUCCUAUUUAAUUUCACUAUUUUUAGUGUUACUCAUGUACAUACCCUACAUGAUUUAUUAUUUUCCAGACAGAGAUGUGAAUUUCAUUGGUGUCAUUGGCCUACCUUGCACUCCCAUUUUGAUUCUGUACUUUUGCUUCAAUGAAAUUACUUCCCAGAGAAAAUUAAGAAAGUUAAAGAAAAUUUUAUGA